AUGGAUGCAAAAAUACAGAAGCAACCUUAUCAGAACCAUACUGCUGGUUCUUCACCAACAAUAUUAAACAACAAUAAUAAUAACCAAAAAACACAAGUCGAGAGUGAUAAUGAACAAUUACUAACUAGUAACUUUACCAGGCAUGUUAUUAAACAAAGAAGUGGUAAUUUUCCGCACUAUGAAAGGAGACCUAACUCCAAUUAUAUAUACCCAAGAGUUUCAUCAAAUGAGUCAACUAAUAGGGGUAAUAAACUAUUACAAGGCAGCAAUUUCGUUUCUAGGAGAAAAUUAAACACCGAUUUAUACGAAAAUGUGGUUUUCUAUAAUGGUUCAGAACAUAAACUUCUAACGAGGACAAAUAGGCUCAGUGACAAUAACAAGAAAAGAAAAUUAAACAAUUUCACCCAAAUUUCUAGUAGUGGUGGUGGCAGCAGUACUGAUGAUGAUGAGGAGGAACAUAAUGAAGAAGGAAAAGAAGAGGAUGGUGACGAUGGUGAAAAUAUUAUAGACCUAAAUACUAUUGCCCAUGUCGAAGAAAUUUUAAGACCUAUUGAAUCAUUAAGUGAUGUGGUCACUCACCAACCCAUCAAAAGAACUUUUAUGAACAAUAAAAUUUUACGAUUGUUGGAAUUACAAACUGCCCUAAUGAUUGAAAAAGCCCAAUUAUCUUCAUCCAGUUUUUCUGAUUUGUUAAAUGUUUUUCUUGAAGAUGACCCCUUACCUUACCUGUGUCAUAAAAUUCAACUACCCGACUACGAUCAUAAUCUACAUGUAGACGAAAAUGCAGAGUAUAUACCCAAGGGCGAUAAUACUAUAAACAUCAUUGCCACGGAAGAUAAAGAAACUGGGGAGGCGGCAAGUGCCAGAAACAACUGUACGAAUACGGGGUUAAAUUCAAAGGACGGAGAUGAUUCUCUUGGAAACAUACAAACGGAUGAGCAAAAUGUUGCCACUUCAACCAGUAUUAUUGCAAACGAGACUCGUAUUGGGGUGCGGGAAAGCAACGCUGGUGAUGAUAACGAUGAUGAUGAUGAUGAUGCCUUUUUUGCUCUACCACAAUAUAAAACAUCAUCAUUACUGGAAAAGCUAAUAGGACUAGCCACUGAUUCUGAAUCACCAAUAACUGAAGAUGAUGUGGAAAAUACCAGGCAACUGACUCAGAUUGUAUUACAACGGAACCAAGAGUUUAUUAAAAAUUUGCAAAAAAUUAGAUUAGCUUUAUUUAAAGCUGAGCGUAUAAGAUCAAGAAUUGUCAGUUGGGCUAAAGAAUACGCCAAUAUUCCUGAAGACGAUGUUACUAUUCCAUCCCAAUUAAAAAUAGUAAAAAGAAGCUUGAUUAGUGCAACAACUAAUUUAACGGUAGCAGACGAAUCCAAAAAUGAAGAGGUUAAUGAUAAUCAGGGGAACCCUAAGCAAUCUGAAGAUGAUACGGAUGAUGUUGAAAACACAUAA